AUGGUCGAGGCAACAGGGCUUUCGGACAAUGCAUACAACUCGACAUUGGAAGCAGCUAUCGAAUAUGACAAUGUGUCGAAGCUAAGUGACCUGAUAUUGGACCCGAGAUCCAAACCAUAUUGCGAGACACAGGAAGAUGGGAUUUCCUUGUUGCAGAUAGCUGCAAGGAAGAAUUCUACUCGGGCACUAAAACAUCUACUUGACGCUGGUAUGGAUGUCUCAGCGCAGGAUACUAUGGGACGUGUGCCACUGCACGAUGCGACAGACAGUUGCGCCCAUAUACUCCUAGAACAUGGAGCUUCCAAUGGUGUAAAAGAUCACCAAGGUAACACCCCAUUUCACCUGAGAGUAAAAGGAAGAGAAGCCUGGCGGCGUGAUUAUAUUGUCAAGCCUUUGGUGGACAAACACUUGGAUCGACAAGCCCGACUGGAGGAACUCAAUGAUGACGGGUGCACGCCGAUGGCAGUUGCCUUAUCCGCAGCCGAAAAUGACAUCAUUUUAUCACUGUUACCACACUAUCUCACAGACAGGUGUUUCACUGGCUCCGUCACACCCUAUGAAGAAGUGCUGAAAGCUGGCUUAGACAGUGUUAUAGAAGCGUUCGUCGCCACCAACAUCUCACUUGGGAAAGAACCCUUCCCUCUGCAUCACAUUUCCCCGUCAAGUUCUAUACAAUCGGUUCGUUCCUUGAAAUCUCUUCGCGAGAACUGCUGCAGCCAACGUCAUAAGGGGCGGCUGCUGAUCGAAGCUCUGCUCAAACAGUUGCCAGGCUUCGAUGACGAGGUCGCCGAUGGGCUCUUGGGAGAGCUAAUACCUCAGGACGAUGUGCUGAAAGCGGAUAUUCUCGAGUUCCUUUGUUCUGAGGUCAUACCAGCCGAUCCCUCUGACUGGGCUUACCAUGUCCUGGAGAUAUUCUUGCAUCACGAGAUUUUUGCUGCCUAUGAGGCCGAGAGGGCUUGUCCGGCCUUUGAACCGAUAGUCGAUGCGAUUCUUACCGCUAUCCAGGAUGCUGAGGUGGAUGCGGAUGACUUGGCAGAAUUUAAAUUAAUUAUCCUUAAAAUUCUGAAACCCAGCUAUCUCAAAGAGCCUGAGGGAUCGUGGAGGAACCAAUACAUAUAG